AUGCUUCUAUAUUUGACAUUAACGAUUAUCGUUCUAUUACAAUUCACAGAACAAGAUAUCGUUGCACAGAAUGAGACAAUAACGGAAGCAACAACAGCAACAACAACAUUAAAAUUAUCAAUUAAAGAUAAAAUGAAGACAAUUAAAACAAGCAAUAUGCCGAGUAAUAAUACGGUUUCAAACAAACCUAUGCUGCCUCCACCGGACAAACUCUUCUUCGAAUAUCUACGUUGUCGUCAAUUCAGUUCUAUCAACAAAUUACCUAAUAGUUAUUCAUGUCCGUAUGAUUUCGAUGAAGAUAAUCGUGUUUGUUGGAAAGCAGCACCGAGCGGUUCAUAUGCAUUUGCUACAAUAGAAUAUGAUCAUGGUUUAAAUCAUUUCUAUGAUGGUGUUCGUUAUGGCAUUGAAAAUUGUACUUUACAACGUUUCUGUCAAAAUAAUGGAACUUGGGCAAUGCCGAUUUCAUCUGAUAUUCAAUGUGACAGAUGCAUUGGCGAUGGUCGCCCUGUAAAAUUUAAUUCAAUUAGUAUUAUGAUUGAAACAAUGAGUUUGAGUUUAUCUCUUCUAUCGUUGACAAUAGCUAUAUUAUGCAUGAUAAAUAUCAAACGGCUACAUUUGCCCCGAAACCUGCUUCAUAUCCAUCUUUUCCUUGCUUUUAUCCUUCGUUCGAUUGUUAAACUUGUAUUCAUACACUUGAUCAUUGGCGGUUAUACAUAUUCGAUGAUAAGGUUUACCCGUGAUAAAUGCGGAAAUAUAGAAAUUAUUUCAAAAUCAUCAAAUUUAUUUCAUGUUAUCGGUUGUCGUGUAUUAGCAUCCUUAUUUUGGUAUACAGAUGCUGUGUCGCAGACGUUUGUAUUCUGUGAAGCGAUGUUCUUAUUUACAGCAUUAACGAGUCAUUUAUUUCGUGAUCGUGGCUGUACAGUGUUCGCUUUAUGGGGCUGGUUAAGUCCAUUGAUUUGGUUGUCAAUGUGGAUUGCAUCACAUAUAUUAACAGAUAGAUUUAAACAUCGAUCAACAUGUUGGUUAGAAGCUGAUAAUACAACAUAUUUUUAUUAUUUCUUUUAUGUUCCGUAUGCAUUCUAUUUAUUUAUGAAUUUUGGUAUAUUUCUAUUUCUUGUUCGACUUCUCUAUACAAAAUAUCGAUCAAAUUAUGUUCCGGCAAAUAGAACUGCAAAUCGUCAUCUUAUAAAAUCAAUACUUAUAUUAAUACCAUUAUUUGGUCUUCAUUCAUUAUUUGUUAUGUGGGUUUUUCAUCAUAAAAAUCAAGGUCAUACCGUAUGGUAUUAUAUUGCUGUUAUGUUUAAAGCUGUUUUUGGUGAUCUACAAGGUUUUUUCACUUCACUUAUUUAUUUUUAUUUCAAUACGGAGAUUCGCACAGAAGUUCUUCGACAAGUUCAACGCACAUUAUCAAGUAAUGAUGCUCUUCGACGUAGUUCAGCUGGUGAAACCUUAUCAACACGUUUAUCCGUUUUUCGUAUAUCAUUGAAUCGUCGCCGUCAUUCAUCAAAUCAAAAUCGUAAUGGCAAAUGUCGUACAACAGUAACCUAUUCUCCAUCACCGGUUUUAAAUCAGAGUCAAGUCUAUUGGAGAAACGUUUCUGCAUUUAUUUGUCCGUGUUCAAGUAAUAAAAGCAAUGAUAAGAAUAAGAAUACCAACGAAAUAUUAGAACAAGUCAAUGGACCACAACAACGAUUAUCUAUUGGACUGAAGACUCAAGAAAAAGAAAUAGCGCCGGUUAUUCAGACGAAUUUAUUAUCUGAUGACAAUGAUGGAGAGGGUGUAACAACAACUGUGUCUCUACGAGAUCGUCCAUCAAAAAGUACAAUUGAUAUUGAUGGGUUGACAUGUGAUACGAUUGUUAUGAAAAAUGAAAAUGAAGCAUUAUUGAGCGAUGCAAACGAUGUUACUAUUCACCAAUCACCAUUUUCUGGUGGAGCAACACCAACUUUGUCGCCUUCUGAAUUAUCCAUCGCGCGUAAUGAUGCUACGAAUUAUCAUGUACGAUCGAAAAGUGAUGGACAUGAUUUAAAAGAACUCGUACCGAAAUUUUCCGCCGAUAAUAAAUCAUUGAAAUAA